CGUCCGCCCCCGCUGCCAUGUUGGAUUGUGCGGCCGCCGCCGCCGCCGCCGCUGCUGGAGGGUUGGAGGAGGAGUUGAGAGUUUAGCGCAGUCGCCGGAGUGCGAGGACAACGACCAUCCGGCACGAACCUAGCCGGGCGGGAGCUGGGAGCUUCCCUUUCUCAGCUGCUCCCCUUCUUUGGCGUCCUCCUCCCCGCGCCAGAGGAGCCGCGGGAUGCUGCGCCUCUGACCCCGUUCCUCCCCGCCCCUGUCACCGAGAGGGGGAACGAGCGCUCGCCCACUCGCCGGAGCAGACGGCCCUGGACUCCCAGCCCCGCCGGCGCAACCAUGAGCUCCGGCCAGCAGCAGCCGCCGCCGCCGCGGAGGGUCACCAACGUGGGGUCCCUGCUGCUGACCCCGCAGGAGAACGAGUCCCUCUUCACCUUCCUCGGCAAGAAAUGUGUGACUAUGUCUUCAGCAGUAGUGCAGUUAUUUGCAGCAGAUCGGAACUGUAUGUGGUCAAAGAAAUGCAGUGGUGUUGCUUGUCUUGUUAAGGACAAUCCACAGAGAUCUUAUUUUUUAAGAAUAUUUGACAUUAAGGAUGGGAAACUAUUGUGGGAACAAGAGCUAUACAAUAACUUUGUAUAUAAUAGUCCUAGAGGAUAUUUUCAUACCUUUGCUGGAGAUACUUGUCAAGUUGCCCUUAAUUUUGCCAAUGAAGAAGAAGCAAAAAAAUUCCGAAAAGCAGUUACAGACCUGUUGUGCCGGCGACAAAGGAAAUCUGAGAAAAGACGAGACCCCCCAAAUGGUCCUAAUCUGCCCAUGGCUACAGUUGACAUAAAAAAUCCAGAAAUCACAACAAAUAGAUUUUACAGUCCACAAGUCAACAACAUCUCUCAUACCAAAGAAAAGAAGAAAGGAAAAGCUAAAAAGAAGAGAUUAACCAAGGCAGAUAUUGGAACACCAAGCAAUUUCCAGCACAUUGGACAUGUUGGUUGGGAUCCAAAUACAGGCUUUGAUCUGAAUAAUUUGGAUCCAGAAUUGAAGAAUCUUUUUGAUAUGUGUGGAAUCUCAGAGGCACAACUUAAAGACAGAGAAACAUCAAAAGUUAUAUAUGACUUUAUUGAAAAAACAGGAGGUGUUGAAGCUGUUAAAAAUGAACUACGAAGGCAAGCACCACCACCUCCACCACCGUCAAGGGGAGGGCCUCCUCCUCCUCCUCCCCCUCCACAUAGCUCAGGGCCUCCUCCGCCUCCUGCCAGAGGAAGAGGUGCUCCUCCCCCACCACCCUCAAGAGCUCCCACAGCUGCACCUCCACCACCGCCUCCUUCCAGGCCUGGUGGAGGAGUCCCUCCACCGCCGCCAAAUAGGAUGUACCCUCCUCCACCUCCAGCUCUUCCCUCCUCAGCACCUUCAGGGCCUCCACCACCACCUCCACCUCUAUCAGUGGCAGGGUCAGUGGCACCACCCCCACCGCCUCCACCUCCUCCUCCACCUGGGCCGCCGCCUCCUCCUGGCCUCCCUUCUGAUGGGGACCAUCAAGUUCCAACUCCUGCAGGAAGCAAAGCAGCUCUUUUAGAUCAAAUUAGAGAGGGUGCUCAACUAAAAAAAGUGGAACAGAACAGUCGACCAGUGUCCUGCUCUGGACGGGAUGCGCUUUUAGACCAGAUACGACAGGGUAUUCAACUAAAAUCUGUAUCUGAUGGCCAAGAGUCUACACCACCGACACCUGCACCCACUUCAGGAAUUGUGGGUGCAUUAAUGGAAGUGAUGCAGAAAAGGAGCAAAGCCAUUCAUUCUUCAGAUGAAGAUGAAGAUGAAGAUGAUGAAGAAGAUUUUGAGGACGAUGAUGAAUGGGAAGACUGAUCUAUAUAUUAUAUAUAUAUUUUUAAGGUGAAAUACUAAACACUACUUUCUGUCUAUGGGUUCUGUAAAAUUAUCAUGUAAAUGUUCUACCAAUUUGCUGUAUAUUUUUGUUGCCUUUUUUGCUUUUUUUUUAUUAAUCUGUGCAAUACCUCAUUUAAUCUGUAAAGGUUUGUCAUAAUCCUCUACAAAGCUACUCCCUGUUAUUGUGUGCAAGUUUACACCACAAUGCUCACUUGACUUGUGAAUAUUUUUCAUUCCAUCAACAAGGGAGUUUAAAUACUAUAUGUGAGACUGACAAAAACCUUAAUGUAAUUUAGUUAUAAUGCCAGAAGGAAAACACUAUUUUCAUACCCUACUUUUUCUGUACCUAAAUUUUCUUAUAAAAAUCUAGUAUAGCACUACGUUCUUUUUUAAGUGAUGCAAACCUUAGUUUCUUUAGCCCCUUCAUUUUGAAUACAAAGCUACAUAUGAAUGUUGAAGCUGACAGAUUGCACAGUUCUUUAGACAUCACUACACUGAUGCAGUUUCUCAAAUUUUAGCAAUAUGCUCUACAUAAAAUCACUACAGAGAUACUAGUGGAGAAAAUCAGUAACACACCUCUUAUAGCAAUACUGCCUGUUAUUGGUACAGGAGUGGUAUGUGCAGGCUGGAUUCAUAAGGAACCCUAUAUACCUAUUCGUGAUGGAGGUUAUUUUUAUGCUAUAGCAAAUGUGGUAGGCUCUUUUUGACAAAAAUUCUAAAAAUAUUUUUGGUAUUAUUUUGAAAUAGAAAAGUUAAUAUUUAAGUUGGAGUUUAGGGCGCUUGGGGAGUAGUUUCGUUUUACAUGAACUGAAAAGGGUAUACAUUUAUGGUUAUACCAAUAUUUGGUUAAAAAUGCUUUACAAAUCAGAACAUUAUUGAAAUCAUGUGGAAUUUAAGUAUUUUUAUUUUGCAGUUUGUAUGGUUUGAGGUUAAUCUAGUUGGCAAAGAAAUGCCAUUGCCAAUGUUAGGUUCAUGCUAACGCUGAACCUAACAUGCCAUAAUUUUUAUUUUGAUAAUUUCUCAAGGUUUUUGUCAAGUAUGAUGUGAUGGGUUACAUUUUUCUUAAAAGAUUGGUGGUCCCAAUGUCAAAUUUUUUUGGAACACAUAACUGAGUGAUAGAUUUUUAAAAAUAAAUUUUACAACCUGCACAUUUGUUAUGCAUACUAAACGGUGUGUUAAAAUUAGGGUUUCCUUGCCUCUCUACAGUACACUAAUCUGCCUAAAGGUGGUUGUUUCAUAUUUAUAGUGCUAAUUAUCACACCUACCUACUUUAAAUUUUAGGUAGAAAAUUAUCUGAUUUAAAUACAGACAUAUUUUUCUCACAUUGAGUCAUAUACAGAAUGUAGUUCCAGAUGUAUUUCAUUACUAUAGUCACAAUAUCCAACUAAAAAUUAUGCUAUCUAGAAUUGUACCGACCAAAAUCUAGUAUUGGCAUGAUCUUGACAGGCUGGACCUGCAAGAUGUGGCUUGAAUUUUAACCAGUUAUCACAUAAUCUCUAGUGAUCAUGCAUCUAGUUAUCAUAAGAAAUAAUUUAAAAGGUUUUAUUGCUGAAAGCAGUAAGUGGUGCAGUAAAAUAGUUAAGUUAUUCAAAGAAUGUUACCUUCCUUGCAAGAGUAAUUUAAGCACAUGGGAAAGAUUCUAGACUUUUUGUUUCUUGCAAAAACAGUGCCCUCUGCUGCUAGAAACCUUUUUCUGCUUACUAUCAUUUUUACUGUGGCUUGAGCUCAGUGAGUCUGGUGUGGAUGAGGCUGAACAACUACUAACCAAUAAAAUUAGGAAUUUGUGUAAAUGAUAAAUGGAACAUUAUAAUUAUUUUAAAUAAUGUUAAACAUUUUCUUUUUUUUCCCGACAUAAAAAAUUUUAAAUUUUCUAGAGAUGUCUUUAAGGUAAUGCCAAUUUAAGAUCUCUUUUAACUUUUGGCCAAGGAAUUCAGGAUUUUCCAGCUAAAUUUCAUAUAUAAAUAUUUAUCUGGAACUCUCUGAGAAGAGAAUAUCAAUUCUUUGAGCUAGAAACACAAUUUUAAAUAAGAUGAAUAUGUAAUUUGCCAAACGUAAUUACGUUUAUUCUUUUUUCUUAAAGAAAAAGAAGACUUUUUGUUGUUGUUACGCAAAGUCUAAAUUACUAUUGGUUGAAACACAGCAGCUGUGGAAUUCAGUCCAGGCAGGAAGACUGAAUCCACUUUACCAAGUAAGAUAAAAGGUUGCAUGUUUCAGUCCUCCACCAUCUUGCACUCUGGGCAGCACUAUACCUGUGCAUUGUCUGAAAGCCUCCCGCAUAUACUCCAGCUAAAUGAUUGUCUGGUAGCCUUCGCGUUUAACAAACUAGCAUGAGGCUUUUUAUAUCUAAAUGCAACGUGAUAGACAAUUUCGGCUAGCCACAUAUUGUAUGUAUGAGAUUCAUAAAGACUUUCAAUCAUUUCAUUUUCAAACUGAAAUUUUGUUUAGUAUGUGAAUUUUUUUUGAAAUGUAUAGUGAAUAGGAUGUUGCACUGGUGGCAAUUCAUCAUGGAGCAUAAUAAAAUUAAUUUGACCCAAAUAG